AUGCAGCUCUACGGUACUCGACCACAACAGCUUCUGGCACCACGGUUACUAUCAUCAUCAUCAUUACACCCGCAGCCGCAAGACGAAUUCAGCGGUCUAGCUUUGGGCUUUGGGCUUUGGUCUUUGGGCGGUCAGACUCCCUGCGCUGUGGGAGUGAUUCAAGAAAUGUCACGUUUCUUGCCAUUCAUCACCCUACCGCGUCUCAAGAGCACUGGUACGCCUUUCAAGACUUCUGGCAGCUCAUCAAACAACCCCUCGCUUACCGUGGUCUCGGAUAUUCUCGUCCCUCGAAACGGUUACGGCUGGCACAACAAUGAGGCGGACGACAUUGCGAGAGUAGCGAGGGAAUGCAAUUCUCGGGACCCCUACGUGACACCAAAACGUGGUCACAUAUGUACAUACCGGGAGAGCAGUAGAAGUACGGUACAGAGUACCGGUACCGGUAUCGUACUUCGUACUGUAGAUAGAGUACCGGUACAAAGAGCCCGGAUGUUUUCAGUUCAGUCCCAAACUUCCGGACUCCUCCACUCCUUCGAAAUAGAAGUACGGAGUACGGAGCAGGACGAUCGAGAGAGUCCCGGUGAAUCGGGCCAUGCCAACCUCCAAGCGAAUCCCAAGGCUCUUUAUUAUAUUUAUCAAAGCACUCUAAUCUCUCAAGGCGUUUCGUCUGCACGGCCGUGGGUAAAGGAUAUCCAUCCUACCGGUAAGAGAUCGAUUCCUCGCGCCGCCGGGGCGAGCGAGAUCAGCGAGCGCAUCAUCGCAACAAAAUUGCACACAUACCGCCAUGCAAAGGGACGACUUCCCAUUACAUCUGCGCUGCUCACUGCUCACUGCUCACGCAGUGCCCUCCCGCCCCCAGCCCACCCGAACAAACGUGAACCGAGCCAUCACCCAUCCACCACCAACAACUACCAACUCAUCCGGACCUCAUCCAUCACUCACUUGGCGCUUGCUACCGUCCGUCUCUCUCUCAUCAAUACCGAAUAG